CCUCCUCCUCCUCAGCACCGCCUCGUCUGCAGGUGGAGGCUGGGAGCCCCGGAGACACGAGCCAUGCCCCGGAUCCGCUGCUGUCAGACUGCUGAGCACCUCCCUUCGCGCCGGGGACCACAUCCUUAAAUGACCCGCGGCUGAGGAGGGGGUGUCUCCGGAUCCGGCGCCCGGACCAUGGCAUGCUGCCCACACAGAGCAUCCAGCACUGACCAUGGGGCUCCGGUCCAGGACCGUCGCUAGCGGCUCGGAGGAGCAGAAGAAGCCUUCCGGCGCUCCCCCCGGGGACUUAUUGGACCAAGGCACCGGGGGAGCGGACAAGGAUGGCGCGCUGCUGCUGGUGGCGCAGGGCCGGGACGACUACAAGCGGGGCUCUCAGGGCAUCGGCAUCGGGCUGCUGGCCAAGACCCCCCUGAGCUACACCCGGCCCACCAAGAGGAAUAACAUCCGCAGGAGGAGGAUCCAGAACCUGAUCUACGACGCGCUGGAGCGGCCGAGAGGAUGGGCGCUGCUCUACCACGCGUUCGUGUUCCUGAUCGUUCUGGGAUGUUUGAUUUUGGCCAUAUUGACCACAUUCAAGGAGCAUGAGAAGGUCUCUGCACACUGGCUGGUGAUCCUGGAAACCUUCGCCAUCUUCAUCUUUGGGGCGGAGUUUGCUCUGAGGAUCUGGGCGGCGGGUUGCUGCUGUCGCUACAAAGGAUGGAGAGGCAGGCUGAAGUUCGCCCGCAAGCCGCUGUGUAUUUUAGACAUCUUUGUGCUGAUUGCCUCGGUGCCGGUGGUGGCGGUGCGUAACCAGGGCAACGUGUUGGCCACGUCCCUGCGCAGCCUGCGCUUCCUGCAGAUCCUGCGGAUGCUGCGUAUGGACCGGAGGGGCGGGACCUGGAAGCUGCUGGGCUCGGCCAUCUACGCUCACAGCAAGGAGCUGAUCACAGCCUGGUACAUCGGCUUCCUGUCUCUGAUCCUGGCGUCUUUCCUGGUCUACCUGGUGGAGAAGGACGACGUGUCGAUGAACGUGUCCGACCACGAGAACCCCACGGCCCAGCCCAAACCGCAGGACUUCGACACGUACGCCGACGCCCUGUGGUGGGGGCUGAUCACGCUGACCACCAUCGGCUACGGGGACAAAACCCCGAAGACCUGGGCCGGGAGGCUGCUGGCCGGCACCUUCGCUCUGAUCGGAGUGUCCUUCUUUGCCUUGCCUGCAGGUAUCCUGGGGUCAGGGUUGGCUCUGAAGGUCCAGGAGCAGCACAGACAGAAGCACUUUGAGAAGCGCCGGCAUCCUGCCGCCGGGCUCAUCCAGUCCGCCUGGCGAUAUUAUUCCACCAAUCCAAUCAGGGAAGACCUUAUUGCCACUUGGAGAUUUUAUGAAACGGUCAUCUCUCUUCCCUGUUUCAGGAAGGAAACCUUGGAGGUAAUGGCGAGCCAGAAGCUGAGUUUACUGGAGCGCGUUCGCCUUCCCAAUGCGCGGCCGUCUGUGGGCACGGCGAAGAAGCUGACGGGUAACAGCGACGGCAUCGAGGAGAGCCCGUCCAAGGAGCCCAAACCCGCCGGCUUCAGCAACCGGGAACGGUUCCGCACUGCCUUCCGCAUGAAGGCCUACACCCUGCGCCAGAGCUCAGAGGAUGCCGGAGCCCUGGCAGACCCAGCCUUAGAGGAGCGGGGCUUUCCUGCAGACAUCCUGCUGGAGGAGAUGAUCCCCACGCUGAAGCUGGUCAUCAGGGCAGUCAGGAUCAUGCAAUUUCUGUUGAACAAGAAGCGAUUUAAGGAAACUCUGAGGCCUUACGAUGUCAAAGACGUGAUCGAGCAGUACUCUGCCGGACACCUGGACAUGCUGUGUAGAAUCAAAUACCUCCAGACAAGGAUCGACAUGAUUCUUGCCCCUGGACCACCCCUCACCCCCAAACACAAGAAAACUCAGAAAACGCCCUUUGCCUACCCACCCAAUCAGUCGCCCAGGCAUGAGACCUUCCUAGCCAAAGCCACCUCCAUGCCGGAUGCCGAAGACCAAAGCAUGAUGGGUAGAUUUGUCAGGGUGGAGAGACAGGUGGAGGACAUGGAGAAGAAGCUGGACUUCCUGGUGGACAUGCACAUCCAGCACACGGAGCACCUGCAGGUGGACUCAGCCGGCGCCGCCCGUAUGACCCUGGAGGCCUGCGACCCCGGGAGCGGCGGAAUCCGCCGGGUUUUCUUGAACUACUCCGAAGCGUUCCCGCACAUGUCGUACCAGGUGCCUGUGGGCAAGGCGGGCCCGCUCUGCGGCAGGGGCCGGGGGGGCAGGGAGGGCCCUCCAGACCGCCAGGCCCCGCCGCCGUCACACCCCCACCAGCGGCGCCCCUCCGCGGCCAUCCCCACCUACACGGAGCGCCCCACGGUGCUGCCCAUCAGCUCCCUGCAGGACCUGUCGGCGGGGGCGGGGCCGGGGAGGACCGCAGGGGGGCGGGGGGCCGACUCGCCCCUUUCCAUGCUGUCGGUGAACCACGAGGAGCUGGAGCGCUCGCCCAGCGGCUUCAGCAUCUCCGGGGAGCGGGAGGGCGAGGGCGAGGACCUGUCGGCGGGGGCGGGGCCGCCGGCCGGGGACGCCGGCUGGACCAGGCCCCGGCCCAGCUACCUGGCGGAGGGGGAGACGGACACGGACACGGACCCCUUCACGCCCAGCGGGGGGCCCCUGCCUCUCUCCUCCACCGGGGAGGGCUUUGGCGACGCCGUGUGGAGCACGCCCCCCUGA